AUGGCGACCACUACCACCGUGACUCCGGUCAAGUCGCAGCUUGUCGAUAAGCUGCCCAAGCGAUUCAGAGGCAUCAAGUUUGGCAUUCAGUCCAACCAAGAUAUCGCGAACCAAGCCGUCCUCGAAGUUUCCGAUCGCCUCCUGUACGACAUCGAAAAGAACAGAGCCCCGUAUCAGCAUGGUCCUCUUGACCCCCGUCUUGGUACCUCAAGCAAGACAGGCAAGUGUUCAACAUGUGAGGAAUCGCUGCAAAACUGCACAGGCCAUUUCGGUCAUGUCAGACUUCCUCUACCGGCCUUUCACAUUGGCUACCUGCGCUUCGUCAUGAUGAUAUUGCAGGACAUCUGCAAGGACUGCGGCAAAGUCCUACUCACAGAGAGCGAGAAGAGAUCGUUCCUCAAGGAGUUGAGGCGACCCUUGCUCGACAAUCUGCGACGGACGCAGAUUUGCAAACGAAUCAACGAGCAAUGCAGAAAGGUCAAGAACUGCAUGUACUGCGGUUCCGUCCAAGGCCAGAUUAGGAAAGUUGGUGUUCUCAAGCUCGCCCACGACAAGUUCGUCACAUACAACAAAUCCACUUCGGCCAAGAAGAUCCCUCCCGAGAGCAAGAUCAAGUUCGACGAGUCCUUCGUUGAGGCCAGAAAGAACAAUGGCGAGCUGGACAAGCACUUGCGCAAGGCCAUGGAGGAUAUGAAUCCUCUGAGGGUUCUCAACCUUUUCAAAAUGAUCAGCCCCACCGACUGCGAGCUUCUUGGCCUGGACCCCGCCGAGGGCCGUCCUGAAAUGUUUAUCUGGCAGUUCCUUCCUGCGCCUCCUGUGUGCAUUCGACCAUCAGUAGCCCAGGACAACGCGAGUAACGAGGACGAUAUCACAACAAAGCUGGCAGACAUUGUCUGGGUUAGUGGCAUGAUUCGCUCGGCACUACAAAAGGGCUCGCCAGUUCAGACCAUUAUGGAACAGUGGGAGUAUCUCCAGCUCCAGGUUGCCAUGUACGUCAACAGUGACGUGCCAGGUCUGCAACAGCCGGGAUUUGGCAAAGCCGUGAGAGGUUUCUGCCAGCGGUUAAAGGGAAAGCAGGGUCGAUUCCGUGGCAAUUUGUCCGGAAAGCGUGUCGACUUCUCCGGACGAACCGUCAUUUCUCCCGAUCCCAACCUUGGCAUCGACCAGGUUGCUGUUCCCCAGCUCGUCGCCAAGAACUUGACCUACCCGGAGCGAGUGUCAGACUACAACAUUAAGAAGUUGAAGGAGUGCGUUCGCAACGGCCCCAGCAUCUGGCCUGGCGCUCAGCAGGUCAUCAAGAACGAUGAGGGAGGCUACAAAAUCUCCUUGAAGUUUGGUAACCGAAACCAGGUCGCCCAGGAUCUCAAAAUCGGCGAUGUCGUCGAACGCCACCUGGAAGACAACGACAUUGUUCUUUUUAACCGUCAACCGUCUCUGCACAAGCUCAGUAUCAUGAGUCAUUUGGUGAAAGUGCGACCGUGGAGGACGUUCCGCCUCAACGAGUGUGUAUGCGGCCCCUACAACGCCGAUUUUGAUGGUGACGAGAUGAAUCUUCACGUACCGCAGACAGAGGAAGCUCGCGCCGAGGCCAUCAACCUCAUGGGUGUGAAACACAACCUGGCGACGCCCAAGAACGGAGAGCCCGUCAUUGCGGCUACGCAAGAUUUCAUUACCGCCGCUUAUCUUCUGAGCAGCAAGGACAACUUCUUCGACCGCAAGACGUUCACGUACAUCUGCAUGCACAUGAUGGACGGCAAGGUCCACCUCGACUUGCCCCCUCCUGCCAUUCUAAAGCCCAAGGCUUUGUGGACCGGCAAGCAGGUCUUCAGCAUGAUGAUGCGACCCAACAAAGACAGUCCUGUCAAGAUUAACCUUGACGCCAAGUGCAGAGAAUACAAGGCGAGAGCCGGACAGUGCCCUGACAUGGAUCCCAAUGACGGAUGGUUGGUGAUUCGCAACUCCGAAGUCAUGUGCGGUGUCAUGGACAAGUCGACGGUCGGAUCAGGAAAGAAAGAUUCAGUGUUUUAUGUUAUCCUGAGAGAUUUUGGUCCUGAUGCGGCCGUGGUUACGAUGAACCGACUUGCCAAGUUGUGCGCAAGACAUCUCACAAAUCGAGGCUUCUCCAUCGGUAUUGGUGAUGUCUUCCCCACCGAGAAACUGCUCGAGAGGAAGAGCACGCUUGUCAAGGGUGCAAGCAUAGAGGUCGAUGUCCUCAUUGACAAGUACAAGAAGAACAAGCUCGAUAAGGCGACGGGUUGCAGCAUGGAGGAGACGCUAGAGAACUCCAUUUCGGGUCUUCUCAGUAAGGUCAGAACGCAGGCUGGUUCUCACUGUAUCGAGACUCUCAGCAAGAACAACGCCCCGCUGGUCAUGGCCAAGUCUGGAUCCAAGGGUUCAGAAAUUAACGUGGCCCAGAUGGUUGCCCUAGUCGGACAGCAGAUUAUUGGCGGCAAGCGUGUUGCCGAUGGUUUCCAGGACAGAACGCUUCCUCACUUCCACAAGAACGCGCCUCAGCCGCCGUCCAAGGGAUUCGUCGAGAACAGUUUCUACUCUGGGCUUCUGCCCACCGAAUUCAUCUUCCACGCCAUGUCUGGUCGUGAAGGUCUGGUCGAUACCGCUGUCAAGACGGCCGAGACCGGUUACAUGUCACGCAGACUGAUGAAGUCUCUGGAAGAUUUGUCAACGCAGUACGACGACACUGUGCGGACAUCUGGCGGCGGUAUCGUUCAGUUCCAGUUCGGUGCCGACAAACUGGACCCCGUCGACAUGGAGGCCACUGCGAAGCCUGUCAACUUUGACCGAACCUUCUCUCACGCUGAGAACCUUACUUGGGAUAAUGACGAGGCUGCCUUGCUGCCCAACGAGAUGGUUAAACUCUGCGACAACUUGCUUGCUCGAGAACGCGCGCGCUAUCCCAGAAAGUCGCUGUUGGGUGAUCUGACUCUUGAUUACGACAACGAGGAAGAAAAGUACACAGACGAGCACGAAGGCGCCAGAGACUUCUUGCGAUCACUAGAGUCUUACAUUGCCGGACGUGCCAACAAGCUUGCUCGUGUGAUGGAGCUUACCGGCCUGACAGCCAACGCUGACAGCAUGGACGUUGACAUUGAUGAGGAUGAGGUCAAGGCCAAGAAGGCUUUUGCCGACAAGGUCGCCAAGAUGUCCGAGACGACAUUGCGACUCUUUAUCAAACUGUGUUUGGAAAAGUACAAAAAGGCGCACGUCGAGCCCGGACAUGCCGUCGGAGCUGUUGGUGCGCAGUCUAUUGGUGAGCCCGGUACGCAGAUGACCCUGAAGACUUUCCAUUUUGCUGGUGUCGCCGGUAUGAGUAUCACCCAGGGUGUACCCCGUAUCAAGGAAAUUAUCAACGCCUCCAAGACUAUCAGUACCCCCGUCAUCACCUGCCCGUUGAUGCAGAACAGGGAGAUGACAGCCGCGAAGAUUGUCAAGGCGCGUAUCGAAAAGACGUAUGUUGAGGACAUCCUGAGCUACAUUGAGGACGAAUGGUUCGCCGAGUCGGGAAGUGUCGUUCUCAAGGUCGACAUGGAUGCUUUGUCCGACAUGCAACUAGGCAUUACCCUGGGCGAUGUGGCCGAGGCUAUUUGCAAGCACAAGAAGAUGAAGGUGUCGAGGUCCGAUAUGCACAUUGGCGCCGGGAGAAUCGAGAUCCGCGUUCGCCUCGACGAGUCGGCGGCUUCCAAGCGGUCUGUCAAGGCCAAGCCCGUGGAUGAGCUUGGCGAUCUCUUGGUGCGAGCCAACUACCUCCGCCGAACGAUCCCGACCGUGGCCAUCUCUGGUUACCCCGAGGCCACUCGUGCCAUCAUCCAAUCGUCCGAGGACGAAACUCACACGGUUCUGGUCGAAGGUUAUGGGCUUCUCGCUUGCAUGAACACAGAGGGUGUCGAGGGACGAAAGGUCAAGUCCAACAACAUUAUGGAGUGCAGAGACGUCUUGGGUAUCGAGGCCGCAAGAAGCACAAUUGCCUUUGAAAUUGGCGAGGUCAUGGGUGACAUGGGUAUCGAUCCGCGUCACAUGCAGCUGCUUGCUGAUGUCAUGACCUACAAGGGCGAGGUCCUCGGUAUCACACGAUUCGGACUGUCCAAGAUGAGAGACAGUGUUCUCCAGCUGGCCUCGUUCGAGAAGACGCCAGACCAUUUGUUCGAGGCGGCUGCCGGUAUGAAGACGGAUCAGAUUGAGGGCGUGAGUGAGUGUAUCAUCAUGGGCCAGACCAUGAGUGUAGGAACCGGCGCGUUCCACGUAGUGCGCCGCCUCGCCAUGGAGAGGGGAGAUGUUGGGCAGCGCAAGACUAUUUUCGAGGAUGCAUGGGCUGCGCAGACGGCGCUCAAGCGCAAGUCUAGGCGGACUACAGAGUCUAGUAUCAGACGGAACGAAGACAUGAAAGAUCAAGGCGUAUGGCCUAUGCAUCCACACCACUGGGCCGAUGCCGGACGCCGUGGAGUUUUGUUUAUCCCCAGAGCCAUCAGCAACGUCACAUUUGGCUCCAAACCUUGCGCCUCCGCCGCCUCGGACUUGACUCUCCACCAACGCGGGGAUGAUGGAGGUGAAUUGCGGAGCCGGCGGGGUGGAAUCCUGAACGAAUGCAACGUGCCAGAGUGUCGGGACGACUUUGAACUUGGCAUGAUCUUUCUGGGCCUCUUAUUCGUCACCAUGCCGUCUGCUCCGCGUGUGCUGAGCCUGCUUUUGUGGGCGGCGGGUUGUGCCUCACAAGUCUCCGCGCAAAAGACCCCAAGCCAGUGUUCACUCGAGAGCGUGAGCGCCCUCCUUACACCAGAAAACCAAGCCGAGGUCUUGACGACUUUACAAUUAGGUGACAAUGGCACCUUUGGAGAGGCGGGCAACAUCGCCUACCCCCAAAACGCGACGCACCUUCCGCCCCUCUGCGUCGUCUCUAUCAACGUCACGUCCUCGCCGACAUCGUCCUACACAUUUGGUCUAUUCCUACCAGAUGAGUGGAAUAAUAGGUUCCUUGCGGUCGGUAACGGGGGGUUCUCGGGGGGUAUCAACUGGUACGCCAUGGGCACCGGCGUCAAAUACGGCUUCGCGACAAUGUCGACUUCCACAGGCCACAACUCGUCGAACCAGGACAUGGGCUGGGCGCUCAACAACCCCGAGACAAAAGCCGACUGGGCAGGGCGCAGUCUCCAUGGUUCGACCGUCGUCGCGAAGCAGAUUGUUGAGGGAUACUACGGCGCCGCGGCCAACAGGUCGUAUUAUUCCGGUUGCUCAACAGGUGGCCGGCAGGGCGUGAAGUCGGCGCAGGACCACCCCGAGGACUUUGACGGGAUCCUUGCCGUCGGGGCUGUGAAUCUGCCCGAGGACGGGCCCGGGUACCUCCCGCCCGCCGUGUUUGACGCCAUCAGCGACGAGGUUCUGCGGCAGUGCGACGGGUCUGACGGUGUCGUCGACGGCGUGGUGAUGAACCCUACGCACUGCAACUUCCGGCCUGAGAAAAUGCUCUGCAAGACCGGCGCGAGCGCGAACCGCAGCACUACGUGUCUGACGGCGCCGCAGAUCGCGACACUGAAGCAGCUGUACCGCCCGCUCAUCCAGCUCGACGCCGACGUUCACAAUUUGACGUACGUCUACCCCAGCUUUGGCCUCGGCUCCGAGAAGCAGAUGCCGUCGUCGUUCGGAUCGAACAACGAGCCCAGCCUCUACGGGACGGAGUACGCCAAGAAUUACCUCUUUGAAGACCCGUCGUGGGACUGGACGACGCAGUUCGGCUACUCUACUUUCGUCGAGGCCGCGCGGCUGAACCCGGGCAACGUGAACGCGGACAAUUUUGAUCUCUCUGCGUUCUAUGAGAGAGGCGGGAAACUGGUGCAGUACCACGGCUACGCGGACGGGUUGAUCCCGACGGACGUGAGCCGCGUGUUAUACGACGAGACGUGGGCGGCCAUGGCGGCGCGGGGGGUCGACCUGGACGAGUUUUGGAGGCUGUUCUUUGUGCCUGGGAUGCAGCACUGUUCGGGCGGGGUGUACGAUGCGCCGUGGUACUUUGGUGGCAGCGGGCACGCUGCGGCGCUGGAGGGGAACGGGCAGCAUGUGUUCCCUGUGCCUGGCGUGGAUGAUGCGAGGCACGAUGUGUUGCUUGCGCUUGUUGAGUGGGUCGAGGGUGGCGGAGAGGGCGUGAGGGAGAUUAUUGCGACCAAGUUUGCUAAUGAUACUGUUGACAAGGGGGUAUUGAGGCAGAGGCCGAUUUGUAGUUACCCUGGGUAUGCUUCGUGGGGUGGCAAGGGGGAUAUUGAUGCUGCUUCUAGUUGGAGUUGUGUUGAUGGCAAGAUGAGGUAUCUCGUGAUAUCUCGAAAAGUGGUUUAUGGAGGAGGAGGGUCACGUGCCGGCGUGCAUCUAGCGCGUAGAUUAGUCACGUCUGCCGCAGUGUCCCGCGUCUCGACGACGUCAUCAAUGCAUAUGAGCUCUUGGCCCUUAAACCAUCCAUCGCAUCUCGGCGCAAGUCUUCGUAGAAGACAAAGUUUCAUUGUGGAUCACUGGGUCAUUGGGUCAUUGGGGAAUAUGUGCGGAAGAUACGCUUUAGCUCUGCGGCCGUCGCAAAUCCGACGGAUGCUGGAGGACGAUGACAUGUCAGUGGAUGACGUGCCAGAAGACGAGGGUCAAGGGUCUCCUCGCCAGACAUACAACUUCGCACCAGGCUACCACGGCGUCGUCUAUCGCGCCGAUGUCCCGGACCGUGGCGCGGGCCAUGGCCGUCAUCAAGGGAACACCCAACAGGAUGGUGCCGCCUCAAGCCAGUCUCAAAGCAACGAUGGCAGCGACAGCUCGGUCAAGUACAAGUUGCAGUCGAUGCAGUGGGGUUUGAUUCCAUUUUGGACGAAGCGCGAUCCCGGCUACGCCACGCUCUCCAAGACGAUCAACUGCCGCGACGACUCUCUGAGCACGCCUGGCGGUAUGUGGUCGACCAUGAAGGCGGGGAAACGGUGUAUCGUCGUCGCUCAGGGGUUCUAUGAGUGGUUGAAGAAUGGAAAGGAGAAGACGCCCCAUUUUGUCAAGAGGAAGGACGGGCAGCUCAUGUGUUUUGCUGGGCUGUGGGAUUGUGCACAGUAUGAAGGUGAGCAUCCCCAAUCCUCAAUCGUUCCGAGCGGGUCUAACUUUGAGAUAGACGCCCAAGAGAAGCGAUAUACCUACACCAUCAUCACGACAGACUCCAACAAGCAGCUCAAGUUCCUCCACGACAGGAUGCCAGUCAUCCUCGACCCGGGCUCCAAAGAGCUCAAGACGUGGCUGGACCCAAAGCGGCACGAAUGGUCCAAAGAGCUGCAGGACCUCUUGAAGCCAUUCGACGGCGAGCUCGAAUGCUACGCUGUAAGCAAAGAGGUCGGCAAGGUCGGCAACAACUCACCCUCAUUCAUCAUCCCCGUCGCGAGUAAGGAGAACAAACACAACAUUGCAAACUUUUUCGCCAAUGCUUCUGCCAAGCAAAAGCCCAAGGAGGCCACGAAGCUCGAGCCUACUAUCGAGACAAAAGAAGAGCCCAAGGAGUCACAAGUUGGACAGAGCCAGCCGGUGCCGGAAGUCAUCGCCAAGGCGGUUGAUAAGGAGGGCAGCCAGCAGGAAGCGGGGGUCAAGCGGGAGGCACCUGACGCUGGUGAAGAUGCAGAAGAGGAGCCGCCUAGGAAGACUUCGAGGGUUUCACCUGUGAAGGGACGGCAGAGCAGGAUCAACCCAACGAGUAAUGGGAGUAAGAGUCCUGUGAAGUCGAAACAGGGCGGGACACAGAAGAUCACAAAGUUCUUUGCCAACAGCUCUUGA